CUGCAGGAAAAUGCUGCUCUCAACGCUGCCAAACUUCUCGUUCCACAAAUAUUACUCGACGCUGGCCGAUUUGAUAAACUUUCUAGGAGCGAACAUGAACGUAUUGUAACCCAGUUGGAUCCUCUGUUAAAGGCCAAAGCCUGCGCUCCCAGGAUCCAUCUGCUUCUCCCUAGAAUGGUAUCAUUGGCUGGAGAGAACUUCUCAGUCUACAAGGACCUCGUGGAAACCCUUUGGGAUUCAGCACGAGCGGCUGAAGAGCCCACUGGCGAACAGAUCCUUUUAAUGCUACGUCUUCAAACCAACCCAAAAGCUUCUACACUAUUCCCCAAGCUGCGGCGCUUCGACUUUGCCGAAAAGUCUGCCGUGAAACGUAUCCAUUCUGCCAUCAAGGUUCCUUCCGUCUCCAAUAAUGAUAUCGCCUCCAAAAUCUUUGUCCUUAUGGCUCCUACUCCUAAUUUCAGUAGGCUGUGGACAAAAACGGCCGGUUCGUUCAUAUUUAUUUCCUAUCUCCUUAUUGCUAAUAUCCGCUCUCAGUACAAGUAA